AUGGCAACCAAUAGGGCCACUAAAUCGCAAUCAAACUUCUCCGACGCCCCUCCUACAGAAACCCUGCGCAAGGAGGUGAAUCGUGGCACUCCCAAUGAUGAGGUUGAUCCGGGGAUUAACAGAUUCACUAAGACGCCAUACUCGCAGCGGUACUAUGACAUACUCGAAAAGAGGCGGCAGCUCCCCGCAUGGGGUGCGCGCAAAAAUUUCGUCAAACUGCUCAGGCGGAACCAGGUGCUGAUCCUGGCUGGAGACACGGGUUCCGGUAAGACCACGCAAAUGGCGCAAUUCGUGGUUGACGCGAACCUGAACGACGGCCUGCAAGUGGCGAUCACUCAGCCGCGCAGGGUGGCGGCCAUGUCUGUUGCCACACGCGUAGCAGAAGAAAUGGAUGUAAAGCUGGGAGAGACCGUGGGAUAUUGCAUCCGUUUCGAGGACCGCACGUCGAAGAAUACGCUGAUCAAGUUCAUGACGGACGGAAUGCUGCUGCGGGAGGCCAUCACUGACCCGCUGCUGUCAAACUACGGCGUCAUCAUGCUAGAUGAAGCGCAUGAACGUACUAUCGCAACCGAUGUUUUAUUCGGGCUCAUUAAAGAGGUGGCCGCCAGCAGAGAGAACUUGAAGAUUGUCGUUAUGAGCGCUACAAUGGAUGGCGCCAAGUUCCAAGCGUAUUUCAAUGGCGCCGAUAUGCUGACCAUACCUGGCCGCACAUUCCCGGUGGACAUUUACUACACGGCAGAGCCGCAAAAGGAUUAUUUGGAAGCCGUGUUUCAAGCAAUCUACACCAUCCACACGGAGGAGCCUGAAGGAGACAUCUUGGUGUUCCUGACGGGCGAAGACGAGAUACGCAAGCUCGAGAUGCGUCUGGAAAGUCUGGGCUACCUAUGCAAAAAGAAGCUGACAGCGAUACCCCUGUACGGAAGCAUGGAACCGGCCGAGCAGGCACGAGUGUUCGAACAGGUGGAGGGGCGCAAGUGCGUGCUGGCCACCAAUAUCGCUGAAACGAGUCUCACAAUCGACGGCAUAGUGUACGUCGUGGACACUGGAUACUCGAAGCAGAACGUGUACAACCCGCGUGCUCGCGUAGAAUCGCUGCUGGUGGCGCCCAUCUCGCAAGCAUCUGCCACCCAACGUGCGGGUCGUGCCGGAAGAACGAAGCCCGGCAAGUGCUUCCGACUCUACACCGAGGCCACGUACAAGGAGCUGAUUCCACAGACGUUCCCAGAGAUCCUGAGGUCGAACAUCGCCACUGUCGUGCUGAACCUGAAAAAGCUAGGUAUCGACGACCUGGUACAUUUCGACUUCAUGGACCCCCCCGCGCCGGAGACCAUGAUGCGGGCUCUCGAGGAGCUGAACUACCUGGGAGCCCUAGACGAUGAUGGCGAACUGACUCCCACCGGGGAACUCAUGGGCGAGUUCCCGCUGGAUCCACAAAUGGCCAAGGUGAUAGUCACAUCGCCGAAAUUCAAGUGCACGCGUGAAAUCGUGGCGGUGUGCGCAAUGCUGUCCGUGCCCAAUAUUCUCCGAAGGCCCAGGUUCAAGAAUGACGGCCUCAGCAGAACGUUGGGCGAAUGGGUAACGAAGGUUCGUCAUCUGUCGAGCGACCACAUCACGUUCUUGAGAAUUUUCAACUUCUAUCGGGCAAUGGCACCGGAAGGACGAGGUAAGCAAAAUGAGUUCUGCAACUCAGUUUGUGUGAAUACGAAGGCCAUGGAAUCGGCGAUGCGCAUAUUUGAUCAGCUGAUGAACAUUGUGAACAAACGGAUCAAGGAACCGGGGAAGUCAGGCCAUUGCUCAGAAACGACCGAGAAUAAUGUGCUGCGGUGUCUGUGCACCGGGUUUUUCCAACAGGUUGCUGUACGGUCUUGCGGUGAUUACGUCACCUUGAAGGACAAUCAGGUCGUUCAUGUGCACCCUUCCAGUGUUGUAAAGUCCGAAGACUGGUUGAUAUUCCAUCAGGUGGUGCACACGUCUCGCACCUACAUCCGAACGGUCAGCGGUGUGCAGGGUUCUUGGCUUCUUGAGGCAUGCCUAGAAUACUUCAACCCGACCGAGGUCCCCAACCGCUAUGCCAGAGAAUGCCUCAUGGACGAAAUCAGAUUAUAUAAAAGAGGUUUGGAAAACGCAAAGAAUAACAAGCGUCGCCGUUAA